GCACGAUGACGGUGACGUUGAGUGAUACCCGGCUCUCCUGGCACAGUCUCAUACAGGGAACCAAUAUUGAGAAAAUCCUCCUAAAUUUCACUGUCUCCAAGAACCAGGUGAGCACCUGGUGGCCGCGGGGCUAUGGCGGACAGCUCCUGUACAACCUGACGGCCACUUUGGAGGACGGCCGCGGGGAGCUGGUUUCAAGGAAGUCAGUUAGGUUUGGCUUCCGGUCUGUGCAGCUGGUGCAGGAUCCCAUAAAAGACAUGCACCCAAAUAAUGGUCUGACGUUCUACUUUCGGGUGAACGACCAGCCAAUUUUCCUGAAAGGCUCCAACUGGGUCCCAGCGGACAGUUUCCCCGAGCGUGUGACACCUGACAGACUACGUAAUUAUAUGACGUCAGCAGCAGACGCCAACAUGAACGCUAUGAGAGUCUGGGGCGGUGGGAUCUACGAGAGUGAUGAUUUCUACAAUCUUGCAGACGAACUUGGCAUUCUAAUAUGGCAGGACUUCAUGUUUGCAUGCGCCCUAUACCCUGUGGACGCGCCCUUCAUGGCGUCAGUAACACAGGAAAUCACUUACCAGGUACGUCGCCUGAAGAGCCACCCGUCCCUGCUGGCGUGGAGCGGAAACAACGAAAAUGAGGUGGCACUUACGGGUGGCUGGUGGGGCGUGUAUCGUGAUGAACACUAUAUGGCGGACUACCGGAAGUUAUACGUAGACACGGUUGGAAGGAUCACGCGCGCGGAAGACCCCUACCGGCCCUUUAUGCUCUCCAGCCCUAGUAACGGAAAACAGAGCGAGGCGGACGGGGGAAUCUCAAAAGGCAAUCCAGGUGGCACAAUGUUUGGGGAUAUACACGACUACCAGUACAGUCGACCGUUUUUUAAAGACAGCACAUAUCGGAUACCCCGCAUGGCCUCCGAAUAUGGCCUCCAGUCAUUUCCCAGCAUGGAGAGUUUGAGGCCCGUCUAUGAGGAGCAGGAUUUGUAUUACGACUCUGAGUUGAACACGUACCGGCAGCACCAUUACGGGGGUAACCGUGAGAUGACCAAUCUGACUGGUAUGUACAUGCUGUUGCCGAAUUCUACCGAUCGGAGAAAACAGUUUGAGGAUACUAUUUAUUGCACUCAGAUAAUGCAGGCAGUGGGCAUGCGCACCGAGACGGAACACUACCGGCGAUGGCAGAGCGCCUUGAACAGCCGCGGGGAAGGGAACACGAUGGGCGCCCUUUACUGGAUGUUUGCAGACAUCUGGCCAGCUCCUUCGUGGGCGUCCAUAGAAUAUGGCGGCAAAUGGAAGGUGUUGCACUACUUCGCGAGGAAAUUCUUCGCGCCUAUACUGAUCUCCCCUUAUAUCGAAGGCUAUGCACUGAAGGUCCACCUAGUGUUGGACGAGCUUCCCACAUUUGACCACUCAAACCCGCUGGACAUCGAACUCAAUCUAAAGCCCGAGGUUAUGGAGGAUGAGAGGCCUUUUAGUUUGUUUUCACUUUGGUCUUGGACAAACGACGCAUUAAAGCGUCUUAAAGGACAAUUAAAGAAACCAUCAGAAAUAUUGUCUCUCCUCGAGGGAAACUUGUACAUGCGGAUUUAUUCAUGGGACAGUUUAGAGCCACGAUACACCGAAGAAAUCCCAUUUCACGUUGUCAAAUCAUCGGAAAUGGUUCUAGAGACACGAAUACAGGGACUGGUCGAGAAAGGCCAAUGUAAGACGGAAGACCACUGCUUUGUGUAUUUCCAUCUUGGAGAUCCGAGCGAAGGACCCGUGUCGUGGUUACCGUUGUCCGUGUUAAAAACAGCCAUAGGGCUACAACGCCACCCGGAUCUCAAGGUCACUGGUAUUUCACCGGUCGAUGGCGACGCUCUUGUAUUCGACGUCCAUAUAUCAACCUCAGCUGUAGCCGUAUUUGUCUGGAUCGAGGCUACCGGAAUUAAGGGGAGAUUCUCAGAUAACGGUUUUCUGCUUUGCGACAGAUCGAAAACUGUGAAAUUUUAUGCUUGGGAAAACGUUAGUUCACAGAAAUUACAGUCGUCUCUGACGAUCAAAUCACUCACCGAUAUUUACGAGGGCUAAUAUUUGCACGCGCGUUACAGAAAUAAAACUGUUUUAUUGGGACGUACGCCAAAAAUCCUAUUCAUUUAAUAAUUGUUUGCUGUUUUUUACAGCGUAAA